UCCCGCUGCUGCUAUUCGCGAGAGUUAUUUUGGCCUGCACUAUGGGGUCUGGGCUAAUAGGGCGCUUAGCUCCUCGCCUGGGCCUCUCCGAGCCGGAUGUGCUGAGGAAAGCAGAGGAGUACUUGCGACUGUCCCAGGUGAAGUGUAUUGGUCUGUCUGCACAUACCACAGAGACCAGCAAUGCAGUCAUGUGCCUGGACCUUGCAGCUUCCUGGAUGAAGUGCCCCUUGGACAGGGCUUAUUUAAUUAAACUUUCUGGUUUGAACAAGAAGAUGUAUCAGAGCUAUCUUAAAUCUUUUGAGUGUUUAUUGGGCCUGAAUUCGAAUAUUGAAAUAAGAGACCUAGCUGUACAAUUCAGCUGUACAGAAGCAGUGAACAUGGCUUCAAAGAUCCUGCAAAGCUAUGAGUCCAGUCUUCCCCAGACACAGCAAGUAGAUCUUGACUUAUCCAGGCCGCUUUUCACCACUGCUGCACUACUUUCAGCAUGCAAGUAA